AUGGCCGCCCCACCUCCCCCGGCGUCACAUGAUACCAGCCGACCGGGGCACCGCCACGAAUCCGAGUACGCCUCCGACGUUCCCAAGCCAGUGGAAGACCGCCACGGCGACAGCGUCACCAAACACAGCAUCGCCGCGCACAAGAACCAGAACAAAGUCCGUGAGGGCAAGUUCUCGGGCAAGGAGUUUGACAAUCAUGAGCUGGUGCAUUCGCCGGGGAAGCCUGGAGGUGACUUCGAGGUGAAGCGGUAG